UAAAGCAUUGUAUUUCCUGGAAGAAGCGAGGAAACAGUCCAGAGCCUGUCACUUUAAGAGGAGAGAAAGGCUGGAGAGGAGGAGGAGAGGAGGCGUCUUCACGGCCACAGUCUGCCCGAGCUCAGGAGGAGGCACAGGGAGAUCUUCCUGGAAGACCGGAGGACACAACGUCCUCACCUGCUGCCGGAAGACACUCCUAUGGGAGGUGGGCACGGUGCCAUGUACAAGGAGCCCCCAGUGUCCUCCAUCCCAGCGCCCGCUUCCUGAUACACAAAGACCUCCAUAGAGACAGCAGCAUCCUCCUCCCUGCGCCCUCCUCAUUGUGCCCGGCGGUCGGCCAUCAGGAGCAAAAAUGGGUCAUACUCCCCUGGAAUUCAGCGACUGCUACUUGGACAGCCCGGUGUUCAGAGAGAGUUUGAAGGGAUACGAGCAAGAGCUGGAGAGGACCAAUAAAUUCAUUAAGGAUGUAAUCAAGGAUGGCAAUGCUCUUAUCAGCGCUAUAAAAGCUUACUCCAGUGCGAUCCAAAAAUUUGCUCAAACUUUGCAAAGCUUCCAGUUUGAUUUUAUUGGUGACACCAUGACAGAUGAUGAAUUAAAUAUUGCUGAGUCCUUUAAAGAGUUUGCUGACUUGUUGCAGGAAGUAGAGGAUGAGAAGAUGAUGAUGCUUCAGAAUGCAGAUGAACUCCUGAUCAAACCCCUGGAGGUUUUCCGCAAGGAUCAAAUUGGGCUCACUAAGGACCGAAAAAAGAAAUUUGACAGAGACAGCGAGAAAUUUUACUCCUUGCUGGAUAAACAUCUGCAUCUGUCUUCCAAGAAGAAGGAAGCUCAGCUACAAGAGGCAGAUCAACAAGUGAACAAAGAGAAGCAGAACUUCUAUGAAUCUUCACUUGAAUAUGUCUAUCAAAUUCAGGAGGUUCAGGAGAGCAAGAAGUUCAGCCUUGUGGAGCCGGUUCUGGCGUUCCUGCACUGUCUGUUCACAUCUAAUAGCCUCACAUUUGAACUGACUCAGGACUUCUUACCUUACAAGCAGCAGCUACAGCUGAGCCUUCAAAAUACACGUAAUCACUUCAGCAGCACCAGGGAAGAAUUGGAAGAUUUAAAGCAACGGAUGACGGAUGCACCAAUGAUCUGCAAAUUAAAGGGCCAGAGUACCAUUGAAGGAUACUUGUACUCGCAAGAGAAAAGGGCUCUUGGACUUACAUGGGUGAAGUAUUACUGCAGAUAUGAAAAGGAAGGAAAACUCUUAAGCAUGAUGGCAGUAGAGCAGAAGCCAGGGUCCCGACAGGUGAGCCAAGAACUGACCCUUAAAUCUUGUACAAGAAGAAAGAGUGACUCCAUUGACAAGAGAUUUUGCUUUGAUGUAGAGGCUAAUGAGAGACAGAGCACAAUCACAUUACAGGCGCCUUCUGAGGCCAACAGACGUUUGUGGAUCGAAGCAAUGGAUGGAAAAGAACCUAUUUAUCACAGCCCAAUAACAAAGAGAGAUGAAAUGGAACUGAAUGAAGUUGGGUUCCGGUUUGUUCGGAAGUGUAUUAAUGCUGUGGAGGCAAUGGGUAUCUCUUCAGAAGGUGUAUAUAGAACAGUUGGAAGUAACAUCCAGGUGCAGAAACUCAUUGAUGCAUUUUUUGAUCCCAAAUGCCCUGGAAAUGUGGACUUACAUACUAGUGAUUGGGACAUUAAAACCAUCACUAGUGCUUUAAAGUUCUACCUCAGGAAUCUCUCUGAGCCAGUUAUGACAUACAAGCUGCAUCGCGAACUUGUGUCCGCUGCAAAAUCAGAAAAUUUGGAUUACAGACUGGGAGCUAUUCAUUGCUUGGUGUAUAGACUGCCAGACAAUCACCAGGAAAUGCUGGAGCUUAUUAUACGACACUUAUCCAGUGUAUGUGAACAUAGCAAAGAGAACCUCAUGUCUCCUUCUAAUAUGGGGGUUAUUUUUGGACCAACUUUGAUGAGGGCCCAAGAAGAUACAGUGGCCGCCAUGAUGAACAUCAAAUUCCAAAAUAUUGUGGUGGAACUUCUCAUAGAACAUUGUAACAAGAUAUUUUCUGGCCCUCCUGAAGAAAACACUGCUCCCCCUGUUCCUCCACCGAGAAUAACUCCCCGGACCCACAAACCCAUCACAAUUUCUAAACGACCAGUCCGAGGGCGAAAUGCUUUGUAUCUUGGACAGAGUGAAGAAGUUUGUUUUUAUUCAGAUGACGGAUCCAUACUGAAUGGGAAUGGUGUUAUCACAAACAGUGAUCACCCUCUUCCCUUGCAACGAAAGAAACUGAUUACUUCAGCAGAUAAACAAAGUUCCACCGACGACUGUCCUGAAGUGGACGUUGCAAAAAUGGUCUCAAUGAUGCAGGAAAAAGGGGUGAAGACCAUAAAUGGGGAUUUGCCUAUAUAUUCUGUGCCAAGUAAAUCAUCUGUGUAUACCAAAAGGCCUAUAGUCCGUCCCAGAGAAGGUGAUUUUGAGAACAUCAGUAAAGUCCGUUCCCCAGGAGAGAGGCCAGUUAUUUCCCGACCUCCAGUAAGACCACCAGACCCACCAUGUAGAGCAGCCUUGAUACCCAAAGCGGAGCCCAGAACAGAUGUCAGCUCUGGUGUCAAAGAGGAUAUCCCAGCAUCAGUUGUUGCCUCCCGUACCAAAUUCUUUGAGAAAGCAUCAAGGCCAAGGGGAAGUCCUCCUUCUCCUCCCCAUAGAAUUCUCACAGAAGAAAGCUGAGUCUUUAAGGAUCUUACAAACAUGUUCCAUGGCUGGCCCAAGGAAAGAUGCAGAUGAUGUUGCCAAAGUGGUUUCUGCUGGCAUACAUGGUCUAGGAUUACAUUCCACAGGAGGCUUUACUGAACAGGAUUCGUUCUCACAGUUUAUCUGUGCUGUACACCCAACUAGAAGUGAUGUCUCCAAAAAACCAUCAGAACUUUGCAGACCAUGACUAUAUGUACAAGGAAAUGAAGAAAAAAAAAAUCUAAAGUCGGGAGGCUUUGAAAUAAUAAUUUAGGGAUCAUCUACUUGUAUCCACUUUAUCUGGACAUAACACGCUCCCCUAUAUUAAGACCUUACAAUAUGGUGUAAAUGGAAUAAACUGAAGGCAUUGCUCAUUAUAAUGGUAAACCUAUGAGAAGAAUCAGAAGAAAUGGUUAAAAUAAAAAAAUGCAUAAGCCUGGAUGGAAGGAUUGUAUAAGGGCAAGAAAACUGAUUCCACACUGUAUGCUAUUAUUUAUUACUUGUUAUAGGCAUAUUCAUUUUAGUUACAGCUGUUUACCAGUGUUUUUGUAGUUAAUAUCAAAGCAUCAAAUGAUGCCAUUGUGUUUCACCUUUUUAGGAAAGGUGUUGUAAAUAUACAUUUAAUGGCAUGGUAUAGAUGAAGGGCGAUUCUAUAAUGACACAUGAAUGCAUAUGUACAGUGCCUUGUUACCAGGAGAUAUAUAGAAGGGCACAGGCUCACUUUCCACUUAUUCGGGAUGUAUCAAUGGAAAAACCGUGAUCCGAAAUGGACACCUUCAGGUUUAUUUAUCAGUAUAUUCUUUCAAAUGAGCCUAUAGUGUACAAGUACCUACACAACACCAUGUGAGAUGUGGCUUGUUCCAAUUAUAGUCUGACACAAUUCCAUUUCCAGGUCAGCUACAAACCCUGCAACAUUUACGCUAUGUACAGUAGCAUAAUCUGACAUAAUAAUCAGUAACUUCUGUGCAAGCAGAUGACCAGAUCUACAAGAACAGCUAGAUUACUAUGUAGGUUAGUUAACAAGGGGAAAAAUUUGCAAAAAUCCCUACUUUCACUGCUUCUUUCGUCAUCUUAGAUAGCUAAUGAAAGGGUGGAUUUACACAUUUGAUCCACACGUACUUAUUUUGGAAUCUGCAUGAAAUUGUGCAACAAAGUAUUGAGUAAUGUUAGUGAAUGGGGUUUUAACAAAAUCCAGUCACUCACAGAGAAAAUCCACCAAGAAUUCUAGGCAUGCUACAGAUCUGCAGUGUGCCCUGUCUGUUGAUUUCAUUCAUUGUGAUGCAGUGAGUGAUAAAACGCACAGCUGACUUUUGCACCAAAUGCAAAAAAAUAAAUUCUGCAAGUAAUACGUAUGGAUUUCAUUUCUAAUUUUGGUGUUAAUUUUUUGUCCAGAACCAGAUACAAAGCAUGAUUUUAAAUUUGUAAAUUCACAUACCCUAAAGAGAUUUUCACAUGUUAAAUUAAGGGUAUGCUAUGCUUGUUUUUUUCUGGAAACAUCUCCAUGAUGAUCGGUAGUGCCCGCACAAAUCGCCAAAAGGAUCACCAAAUGAAUGAGCAUUUUGCUUGUUAAUCGGGUGAUCGGCGGCACAUUUACAGUUGUGUUAAAAAUAAUAGCAGUCAGACAUCACUAACCUGAUCGAUCACUGUUUUUGGUAGAAAUGAUAUUUCUACAUGGCAAAUAAUUUACUAGCAGGUGU